UGCCUCUCAUCGCUAUCAACAUUGUGGUGAUCGUGUUCAAGCUGAUUCUGGGUUAAUUUCUUCGUUUUUCGUUCGCCUUCUUCAAUUUAUCUAUUUAUUUCUGUGUAUGAUAACUAAAUAUAAUUGACUACAAAAACUACAAAAAAACUACAAAUGAUGAUGAUGGAAAUCGAGGAUGACGAGGUGCCAUCACCUCCGUCCCCUCAUCCCGCUGGUACCACAAUUGGUGGACCAAAUAGCAAAAGAUACAGUGAUAUACUAUCGUUGGACUACUGUACUUUUCGUAUUCCGUACGAAGAGCUGAAUAUUCGAUUCAGAAAUGGGCAAAAAGACCUUGACCGUGCAGCAACGGGCGUCGCAAAAGCAGCCGAGCUUCUCCAAAAAAAGACGGCCGGCUCAAAUGAGCCGGUCUCCCGUGAAUCACUCCGCCGUCACUUUGAUCUACUCAUCCGACAAGUACAAGAAGCGCGAAAAACUGUUGAAAGGAUCACCCAAUCGGAAAUCGAGCAGCUGGAUAAAAUUACGACACGAGCCGACCGGAUUCACGAGGAAUUUGAAGUUACACGUGACAGCGAGAAUCCCAGGAAUACGGAAAAGCUUGAACGACAGAAAUUCUGCAGAUUUAUUGUUUGGCACAUGUUGAGAUGCGGUUAUAUUGAACCGGCGAAGGUUUUGGUCAAGGAAAUGGAGUUGGAAGAUCUCGUCGACGUGGAUGUCUUCGAGAACAUGUACGCCGUGCAACAAGCGCUUCUCGACGGAAAUAUCCAGCCAUGUCUUGCCUGGUGUGACCGUCAUCACCGGAAGCUUCGAAAACUGGAAUCUCGGAUCGAGUUGGUCGCCAGGCAACAGGAAGCAGUGACUUUAAUUGAGCUGGGCAAUAUUCCAGAGGCAGUUGCCUAUGUGAAAAAGUAUAUUGCUCCGAUUGCAAAGGGGAAAUUCACUGAGGAUUUGAAGAAGACAAUGGGCGCCAUUGCAUGUACCCUUGAACAAUCACGUCUUCGAAAUCCGGAGCUCCACGCCGCCGAUCGAUAUCAGAAAUGCGCGGCGCUUUUUAUCGAAGAAGCGCAUCGGAUUUUUGAGAUUCAUGGGAACACGGCGCUCGCCACACUGAUACAAUAUGGUCUAGCGACACAAAAGACCCCGUCAUGUCAUAAUGACGAGAAAACCCCGCUGGAUAAGCAAAAGUGCAUAGUAUGCCGUCCGGACGUGUGGCCAAUUGCCGAGAAUCUUCCCUAUUCCCACGUGGCAAAUUCUCGGAUUUUCUGCUCGUUAUCCGGAAAAUUAUGCGAUGAUGAUAAGAAUAUUCCGUUUCUUUUUCCAUCAGGGCAUGUAAUUGGAUCAGCUGCAAUUGAAAGACUGAAACGAGAUGAUAAUAAGCUAUAUGACCCGAUUCAUAAGAAAUUAAUCGACGAGGAAGAGGCUUUACGGCUAUAUUUUUUGUGAUUUUCCGCGUUUUUUUCGGAUUUUUCAUGCAAAAUCACCCCGAAAUCCCUAUUUUUUAUACAAAAAUUCAACUUUUCCCGUGUAUUAUAUUGAUUUUCAUUGUAUUUCGAGGAUCCCCCGAUAGCUGAAAUAUAUUUCUUCACAAAAAUCGAUAAUCAUUGAUUUUUCCCAAUUUUCCUAUCAUUUUUCGCGAUUUUCAAUGAAAAAUUGGCUUUUCCCCCCU